GCUAAACAGGGCAGAAUGGGGCUCAAAUUGGGCCCAAACAGGGCAGAAUAGGGGUGAAUGGAUCCCAACGCGACCAAAUGGGUCCCGAGCGUCGCUGAACAGCUCUGCCCCGCUCUUUUCACCCCCCCUUCUGUCCCACCCCAUAGGCCGUCCAUCCGGCAGCUCCGCGCCGCCAGCAUGGAAUUCCCGGAGCACAGCCGUCAGCUCCUGCGCAGCCUGCGGGAUCAACGCGCCCAAGGUUUCCUGUGCGACUGCACGGUGCUGGUGGGCAGCGCGCCGUUCCCUGCUCACCGCGCCGUCCUGGCCGCCUGCAGCGCCUUCUUCCACAUGUGCUACGCCGAACGCUUGGACAAAGGGGACCUGGUGUGCCUCAACAGCGAGAUCGUGACGCCGCCGGCUUUCGGGCUGCUGCUGGAGUUUAUGUACGAGGGGAGGUUGGCGCUGGCGGCGACGCCGCUCGAGGACGUCUUGGCCGCCGCCAGUUACCUCCACAUGAACGACGUGGUCAAGCUCUGCAAGAAGAAGCUGCAAGCGCGAGCGCCGGCCGAAGCCGACAGCACCAAACGGGAAGAAGGGGAACCCCCGAGCAGCCCCGCACCGCCGCAACCGCACCCGCCCAGCGCCGCUGGCCCCGUCCUCGCUCUCCCCGCACCGGCUCCACAAUUCGGCGGUGAGGAGCAGGAUGCGCUCCCUCCGGAGCCGCCGGUGCCGCGCGUGGAUGUAGCCGACACCACGCAGCCCGGCAUGGAGGGGGAUUGGCCGCGUGCGGCACCCGCGGAGAUCCCUCUUCCCAGCAGCUCGACGGAAGCAGCCGCCGGCACUCCGGGUGGGCUCUGCGCCACGCCGUGGGCUCCUGCCGCAGCCGGGGGGUUGCUCCCCGCCGCCGUUAAGGUGGAAGCCAUCGUCAUCUCGGAUGAAGAGCCGGAAGCGAACGCUCGCCGUCCUGCUGGAAUCUUCCCCGGGCCGUCGCGCCCCACGGCGUUCCCGGAGGCGUCGAGGGAGCCGUUGGCAUUCGGGCUGCCGGCAUUGCGGGAGCCGCUGUUCCUGCCGCCGCUGGAAGGGCGCGGCGGCUUUGGGCUUUUCACCGAGGAGGCUCCGACGUGUCCCACGUGCGGGAAGACGUUCUCGUGCUCUUACACGCUGCGGCGUCACGCCACCGUGCACACGCGGGAGCGCCCCUACGAGUGUCGCCACUGCCUGCGCAGCUACACCCAAUCCGGGGACCUCUACCGCCAUAUCCGCAAAGCCCACAGCCACGGGGCUCCCACGCGCGGCGGGGCCCACGUCGAGCACGAGCGCGACUGCGAGAACCCGCCCUAAACCGGGGAGUGCGGCGGGUGGGGGGGGGGGGAAUCGGGAGAGAAACGGGACCGGCGGGCGGCAGGACCCGGGGGAAGCAACGGGACCGGCGGGCGGCAGGACCCGGGGGAAGCAAUGAAACCGGCGGGCGUCAGGACCCGGGAGAGCAACGAGACCGGCGGGCGGCAGGACCCGGGGGAAGCAACGGGUGGGGAGGGGGGCGGAGCGGGUGGCCGGAGGUCACGUGAGUGGCAGUGAGGCCACGCCCACUCGGGCCCUUAUUUCCGGGGUGGGGGGGUGGAGCAGCCCCAGUGCUGAAUCCCAGUAAAUCCCAGUCCAGCCCAGUCCCAGCCUCUCCUGCUCCUGCCCAGUGCCUCCCAGUCCAUCCCAGUGCCUCCCAGUCCAUCCCAGUCUCCUUAAAGCCCCUCCCAGUGCCUCCCAGCCCUACCCCAGUCUGUCCCCAUUCAUUC